AUGUCGACGCCCGUGAAGAUCGACGGCGCGGUGCCCAAGAAGGUGUACAUGCACUACGAGAGCGACGCAGACGAGACGCAGACGCUGACGCUGAAGAUGACACUGCCGGCCAAGUGGGCGGGCCACACGGUGGACUACCUCAAGGACUUCUUUGUAGAGCACUACAACUGCAAGAAACCGCAACAUGAGCUGCAGAGGGCGCACGUGCAUCUGGAAAAGAAGGACAAGUCGGCGCUCUAUGGCGAUGAGCUGCUGCACAAAGCCGUGCAAAAGUACGACGACCUGUACCUGAGAGAAGGCGCGUCGACGCUCAAACCCGUGCGGGUUCAGCAGAAUCAAACAACGCGCGAUGCAUCUGAUGCGACAAAGGCCUAUCGGCAGUGCAAGAACCACGGAUGCCAGAAAAAGUUUCUUGACGACGAGAACAGCGACGAGGCGUGUCGCUACCACAGUCUGCCGCCGCUGUUCCAUGACAUGAAAAAGGGCUGGCAGUGCUGCUCGUCAAAGAUGGUGUACGACUGGGACGACUUUGAGAAGAUUGAGCCGUGCAGGGUCGGCCGGCACUCGACCGUGGGGCCCCAGGAGCAGUUCGCAGCCUCGCCUACCGUAGCAGCAGCGGAGAAUGCAGCAGCAACGACGUCGUCCGCAGAGAAGACGGUGGCGGCUCCACGAGCUGUAGCGCCGCUCAAGUCGAUUGACGACUACAAUCAGAAGAACCCGAACGCAGUGACGGCCGUUUCGGCAGCCAAGGAGAGCCAGACGACCGCGCCGCCCAAGCGCAUGGAUGGCAAAGCAAAGUGUGUCAACUUCGGCUGCCAGCAGGAGUACAUCGUGGCUGAAAACAGCGAUGCGUCGUGCAGCCACCACGUUGGUGCACCCGUGUUCCACGAUGCCAGCAAGUACUGGAGCUGCUGUCCGAAGAACGUCAAGUACGACUUUGACUCGUUCCUCAAGGUGCCCGGCUGUGUUGUGUCUGCGCACACGGACAUCAAGACGGCGUAG